AUGAGUGCUGUAUCAGCUCAGCAGCGAACAACCAAGUUUUGUGUGGCGGUAACUAACGCGCUUAGAGCUCGCCGGAAGGCGUGUUUCCUGCGCCCAGACACGGGACCGUGCCGCGCCGACAUCGUCCAGUGGUACUUCGACGCUCAACAGCACAAAUGCUACCGAUACUUCUGGGGUGGUUGCCAAGGCAACGGGAACCGGUUCUCGACUAAGGAAGAGUGCUAUGAUUACUGCUACCUCAACCAGUCCAUAAUACGAACGGAGAAGCCUUACUUCUGUUCUCUAGCGUUUGACUACGGGAGCUGCUUCGGGCACUAUUACCGUUGGUAUUGGGACAACUCCUAUAAGACUUGCAAACGGCGGAUUUACUCCGGCUGUGGAGGGAAUCAGAACAACUUCCAGUCUCGGAAAGAAUGUUACUCCAAGUGCGUCCAGCAGGCUAAGAAUGCGUUGGUGACCAAUUCAAUGCAGUUUACGACCUGCAUGGCACUUGACAUGCCAGGAAACCAGAAUAGGAGGAAAUAG